AUGACUACACGUCCACGACGACAAGCAGCUAAGAAGGCUACAAUAGUUGUGGAGAUAUCCGACUCGGAGGAUAAUGCUGCUGACAAUGGGAAUGAAGGCACGGAGAAUGCGUGUCCCAAUGUGGAUGAGCCCAUGCCUGUUGCAUCAGAAACAGACGGUGCUGCGCAGAGCACACAGCCCGUGGCCAGCACUUCGACAAGCGGACGCAGCUCGUUCUGGGAACGUCGCAAGGUCUGGAAAAUACCAGAGCUUCUAGCUGAGACUGAACGAAUUGAACCCGCAGCUGCGCGCAACAUUGUGCAAUUGUUUGAAAAUGAAAACACAAUACCAUUUAUUUGCCGCUAUCGACGCGAUCUGGUGGAUCACAUAACUCCUGAUCGCUUGCGUGAAAUACGCAACACUUAUGUGGAUAUUGUGGACCUGCGUAAGAAGCAGGAGCACAUAGUCAAUCAACUAGAGCGUGAAAAGCUGCUUAAUACAGAAAUACGUGAGGAGCUUAUGUGCACAAAGACGGCAGAGGAGCUGGAGUUUCUAUAUGCACCUUAUAAACCUGCAAGCAAAGGCACCUUGGCGCAGCGUGCCAAGGCGCUGGGUCUGGAGCAGUACGCUAAUUGCUUGCUGUACGGUGAAGCGCCCAAAGUGGAGCUAGCCUCUGUUGUAGAUACAAGCAAGGAAGACUUGGCUACAGAGAAGCAAGUGCUGGAGGGUAUUUGUAAUUUGAUUAUACAUAAUAUAAGCAAAAAUACAAAUGUGCUGGAGGAGCUGCGCAGACUUCAAAAUGUGCAACGCAUUACGCUUAAAUGCAGCAAGACCAAGGCAGCAAAGACAAGCGCAGGCAGCAAAUCCGCAGGUGGACACUCUGACAACAAAGUAGACAGCUCAAAGUUUGAAAUCUACUUUAAUUUUCAAGCGGAUAUUAAAAGCAUAAAGCCACAUCAAACGUUGGCCAUUAAUCGUGGUGAAAAGCACAAAUUUCUAAGCGUCAAAGUGGAAACUACAGAAUAUAUGCAAAAGGAUUUGAUGCGAUUCAUAUACGCGCAGUAUAUGUCGCAAGGCAUGCAAUAUCCAUUGCGUAGUGAAGUAUUCAAACGAUCACUAGAGGAGUGCUAUGCAAAGAAAUUGCAACCGCUGCUCUGUCGUCAAGUGCGCGCUGAACUGAAGGAGAAAGCUACACGUGCAUCGAUUGAUGUAUUUGCCAAGAAUCUAAAGCAGCUGCUGCUCAUGUCAACCCUUAAAGGCGAACGCAUAUUGGGCAUUGAUCCAGGCUUUACCAAUGGCUGCAAGCUGGCGCUGAUUUCGGAGACUGCAGAUGUGCUAGAGACAGGCGUCAUUUAUCCAAAUGGUCGUAAUGCCAAACGCAAAGAGGCUGAAAGCAAAUUGGUGCAGCUGCUAAGCAAACACAACUGCCGCAUUAUUGCUUUGGGCAAUGGCACUGCAUGUCGUGAAACUGAAAUGUGGCUUACCUCACUUUUUCAAGCGGGCACUUUGGAUAGUCGCAGCAUACGUUAUAGCAUUGUUAAUGAGAAUGGCGCUUCUAUAUAUUCCUGCAGUGAUGUGGCUACCAAAGAAUUUCCGCAUAUGGACAGAAACGAAAUAAGCGCAGUUUCCAUUGCGCGUCGUCUAAACGAUCCACUCAGCGAGUAUGUAAAGAUAGAGCCAAGACACUUGGGCGUUGGCAUGUAUCAGCACGAUGUGAAUGAAAAGACUUUAACAGAAACGCUGAACGAUGUAGUGUCUGAAUGUGUGAGCUAUGUGGGUGUGGAUCUAAACACAGCUAGUCUAAGCGUGCUCAAACACAUUGCAGGCUUAAGCGAGAAGAAAGCUGAAAAGAUUAUUGAGCAUCGCAUACAAAAAGGCGCAUUUCAAGCACGCAAGGAUUUGCUGGCGGUCAAGAGCAUAGGUGAAAAAACUUAUGUACAAUGCGCUGGCUUUGUGCGCAUUGAGCCGCUCAGUUUGGGUGGCAAAGUAAAGAAUCCACUCGACUGCACCUGGGUGCAUCCAGAAAGCUAUGAACUGGCGAAGGCCAUUAUACAACAAUGUGACUUGAAGCUCUCGGAUAUUGGCAAGGCCAGCUUUAUGCUGCGCAUUAAGGAGCUAGCGCAGCAGCAGAGCACGCUGCAGCAGUUGGCAGCGGCACAUAAGUUGCCCUUGGAGCGAGUGGAGUUUGUACUGGUUGCUCUACAACGCGAGCUGCUGCAGGAUUAUCGCGCCGAUCUGGACAAGCGACCGCUAUUCAAGCAAGGUCUAAGGCGCUUGGAUGAGCUCAGCAUAGGCGAAGUCGUUACUGGUGCUGUCACUAACGUUACGCACUUUGGCGCUUUUGUUGAUGUAGGCGUCGAACGUGAUGGACUCAUACAUCAAAGCCACAUGAACAAUUGUAAACUCAGCAUUGGUGAUCGCAUUGUAGCCUCAGUUGUCAAGGUGGAUAAAAAGCGUCAUCAGCUGGGACUGCGUCUGGAGAAUAUGCUCGAGCAAACAGAUACAUCUUUCACUUUUAAAACUGAAUAGCAUUUGCUUAUAAUGAUUACUGUGUGUUUCGUUUCGUAUUCGAUUUAUUGCCGUUUCAAUA